AUCGACGUAACCUUCCAGGUAGAAGACGAAGCCAACAUUCUGCUCCUGCCGAUCUCCUUGUUAAGAUUGCCCCGCCCCUGUAUAUCCGCGUCACACCACCUGGUCCAGUUCGUCCCCGCGCACUAUUGAUGGACAUAUGUCUGGCCGAUUUAUUCCCACUACGGAACGAGGAUCCAUUGAUCUAACAAAUGGCUACGAUCGAGACCAUCCUUACUGAGCUGCUUACUAGAGUCAAAUACCGCGGGGAGGGCCAGACUGAUUUUGCGCUUCUUUACGCCGUCUUGUCACUCCUUUCAUACAUAUGCAAGGCGCCUCUCGUCAAACCUGGUACCGACAUUGUCAACAGCCUUGGCAGGCAGCGUAACGCGCUUGAGAGCUUCCUGAAAGCCUGCUUUGGUCUCCAGGGCAACAGCGACCUUCUCUUGGAAUUCGACACUGAUCUUGCGCUCAAAGACCAUCUCAGACUCCGAUACCACCAUCCCAUCGUCUGCUCCAGUGUCUGGAAGGAUCCUGUCCUGUGCGCAAUGUCCAUCGCAAGCUGCUACCACGUAGGCCAGGUCAAGACUCGGGACUAGAGCAGCACUGUACGCUUUACGCCUUUGAAACCGGAGAGAGUUUACUACCAUCCUACGGUGUCACAUCUUGCUUUCCGAUUCAUCCCUUCCAACCUCACCACGACCUCAUUUUCAACCUUUGCACAACCGGCACUGCGCAUUGAAGUUACUCCGCUCCCAGCGACACAGUCAA